AUGGAGGAUUCUGCAGAGCAGAGUCAGGAAAUGAGGUACCACAUGCUGCAAAGGCCCAGCAUGUCUGGUUUACACCUUGUAAAGCAAGGCCGGGACAGGAAGAAAGUUGAUGUGCAGCGGGAUUUCACUGUGGCUUCUCCAGCAGAAUUUGUUACUCGUUUUGGAGGGAAUAAAGUUAUUGAAAAGGUCCUGAUAGCAAACAAUGGCAUUGCAGCAGUGAAGUGCAUGAGGUCCAUCCGGCGCUGGUCCUACGAGAUGUUUCGAAAUGAGCGGGCAAUCCGGUUUGUGGUCAUGGUGACUCCCGAGGAUCUGAAAGCGAAUGCAGAGUAUAUUAAAAUGGCAGAUCACUACGUCCCAGUUCCAGGAGGACCCAACAACAACAACUAUGCAAAUGUGGAACUCAUUCUUGAUAUUGCGAAGCGGAUUCCAGUGCAG